AUGACGAACUGCAAGGCCCUAGUAAAGGCUCUAGCCUGGGCAUUGACCCUCCGUGUCGCCGCCGGACAAGCAGAUUUCUCGACCAUCGACCAGUGUGGUGUCGUCGCCGAUCAAAUCAGCAGCUUUGCGACAGCCUUUGCGGAUCAGUGCCACCUGAAGCUUCCUCCACCGGCCCCCAGCGCCGAGGCGAGCACGCCCGCCCCCGCUCCCACCGAGCGCCCGACUCCCGAACAGGCGCCGCAGUCCACGGUCACCGAGGCCUCCACGACCGAGACGACAUCCCCUACGGAAACUACGUCCACGGGCUCUACCACCAGCAGCACCUCGUCCGCGGCCGCCACUGACCCUGCCAAGUCGGACGACGACGAGGACGAGGAUGACGACGACAGCGACGACGACGACGCCGCGGGCCAGGACAAGCAAGAGGAGGACAAGUCUUCCGACAGCGGGCCCAGCGGCCUCUCCGUCGCCGCCAGAGCCGGUAUCGGCGCCUCCAUCGGCGUCGUAGGCCUCUCCAUCAUCCUCAUCGGCGUCAUCUUCCUCUUCCGCCGCCGCGCGAAGAAGGCUAGCGCCUCCCCUAGCCGGACCUACAACAUUUCCGGCCCUAUGCCGGGUUCCGGGCGGGACUACGCCGACUCGCGCUCCGACUUUAGCAAGGAGAACCACACGACCUCGGAACUAGAGAUGACGUCGAGGAGAUACGAGGAUAUGCUACCCCGGGCCCAGCCAAGUUCCAUGAUUUAG